CGUCGAUAUACCUAGAGGCGUUUAGAUCAGAUUUAAAGUCGCGUUCAGAUGAUUACUUUAUAUGUAUAUGUUCUGUGGGUGUGCGAUCGCAGUCAAUCGCAGUUUUCACACUUUUCAUCAGCAAGAAUACUGUUUGAUGAAAAAUUGUUAACAAUUGUUAAGGAUGUUUCUUAACAAAAAUAUGUGAGAUAUUUACCGAUCCAAAAUUACUUGAUCUUAAUGCAGUGACCGAUAUCAAACAUGUUUCAACAAUGUCGUUCGCUCGUGUCAGCGGCACGACCGGUCACGAUAGAUUUAAUCACGCGAUUUGUGUCGAGAGGCGACGGACCGAGACAAUGCAUGUUAAAAUUUGAAAGAGAUGUCAAGAGUACCUCUUCCUCCAAGCCGAGUAUUUUGUCUGAACGGGCAGAAGCUGACGGUGGAGAUAAAGCACUGGAACCGCGAUCUAACCUAAAUCCAAAUGUGGUUAGUACCCAACGUUGUCUAAACUUGAAUGGUGAUUUAAAUGCCAAUGCGACUUCGCUCACUCGUGGGGAUUAUCUCGAUGAGCGUGAUGUGAAUCUGCCGCAUGCCCUGGACACGUGCACCGAGGAUCUGUCGGAUAUUGGCUCGCCCCUCACUCCGACUUUCAGCUUCGCCAAGUAUGCGAAUAAAUCUCAUACAAUUCAGGAGCUGGUGAAGCUUGGAGUUGCCUUGUAUAAGUUCGAGGCAAAGGAGGGGAUGGUGCAAUAUUUCUUAAAUCUCGACUUCGAGAGGGAUGUGAUACCGUAUAUAAGAUUCUUGCAUGACUGCGGAGUGCCCGCUGACUAUCUGGGCGAAUUCAUCACGAAGAAUCCAGAUAUCUUCAAGCAGGACAUCGAUGAUCUGCACACGAGGAUAAGAUAUCUACGGGCACACAAUUUCAGCAUAUCGAUGAUACAGACCAUACUCUGUAAAAAUCCCAACUGGCUUCUCUUUAGCACAAAGGACAUAGAUUACAGGCUUAGUUAUUUUCAGAGCAACUUUAAACUCAGUGGUAAUGAAGUGAGAAUCCUGACAGUUAAGGCGCCCAAGGUAAUGACGUAUAAGAUGGUGCACUUGCUGGAAAACACAUUUAGUAUCAAGGAGGAAAUGGGUUUUGAUCAGAAACAAGUAAAGAGGCUGCUUCUGACCCUGCCUAGGAUAUGGAUUAAGAAUCGCGAAAGAUUGGUGAGCACGUUCGAUUAUGCUCACAAGGAGAUGCAGUUGCAGCGUGAAUUUAUCACGCGGGUGCCGCAAGUCUUACUCUGCAGAAAAAGCAGACUCGAGCAAAGGCAUUUGUUUCUCGUGGAAAUGAAGAGAGCGCAGUACGAUCCUUCCAAACCAAUGUAUGUUUCCCCGCGAGCCUUGGUCAGCGGUACAGACGUACACUUCUGUACAGAUAUCGCAAAGACGUCUAUCGACGCUUAUAAUGCGUUUCUCAAAACGUUUUAAUAUUAUAGAUGUAAAUAAAUAUUAAUACACACA